AUGUACGCCGCACUAAGCUGCCAUCCUCCGUUGGGUCAGAUAACUACUAUUCCUUCCGAUCGAGAAUCAGUCAGAUUUACAGUAGUCAUUGAGAGCUCAGCCGGCCCGGAAAAGACAUGGGAAGUUGCGCUAUGGCACAACUUUGAUACUCUGGACAAAUGGACAAGCACUAGUCUAAAGUCAAUCAAUGAGACAUCCAUGAACGAACCUUGGAAAUGGGCCAACGAACAAUUUUCAACUUCAGAUGGCCAUCUCAUCUACCAGUCGCCAGAUGCAUUGAAGGAAGAUUUGACAUACUACCUCGAGGGCCUUCCGCCAUUUCUCAACAUAUCUAAAGAACAAAGCGAUACACCCAAUACAGUACUCUGGGACCUCACCUACCCCAUCAACGCAGCGUCAGGCAAGACACCCGGUCACUCAAGUGAAAAGCUUGGUAAGCCGACAAACCUUUCCCGCUGGUUCGCUGAAGUACGCUUGUGGGCCCCAUGGCUCGCUCCAAGACAGGGCAAGGACCGCUUCCAGCCUGACAAGGAUGCCAUGUUGGCAGCAUUCGAGCGCCACGACGGCUCUCACCUAGUUCUGCUCGCAGUGAGCGGACUGGAUGAGGUACUAACAACUCUCAAUCACGAUGGCGACGGCAGAGUCGUCAUGAACGCCAAGAAUGACAGUGGGAAAGAUGGCACUGUACGUGUCGUUGCUGCAGUAGGAAGGAAGCUGGAUGACGCAGUGGCAGCCUCCAUGUACUAUGCUCGCAAACUCGUAAUGGCAUACGAAGCAUCGACGGGACAGAUCAACGAAGAGGAGAGGGCUUUGGUUGACGACUUUAAACCGCAGUGGCUGGAGAAUUGGUACGACGGCUUGACGUACUGCACCUGGAAUGGACUGGGACAGAAGCUCACCGAAGACAAGAUUUUCGAGGCCUUGGAGUCGCUGCGCAAGAACGAGAUUAAUAUCAGCAACUUAAUCAUCGACGACAAUUGGCAGUCGCUCAACACCGAAGGCGGCGACCAGUUCGACAACGCUUGGAUGGAGUUUGAAGCAACUAAGACUGGUUUUCCGCGCGGUCUCAAAGCAACAGUAAGCGAUAUUCGAGAGAAGUACAGCCAUAUCCGUCACAUCGCCGUCUGGCACGCAAUCUUUGGCUACUGGGGCGGUAUAGCUCCGGAAGGACGUAUAGCAAAAGACUACAAGACUACUCGCGUACAGCUCAAGGACGGAGUUUCUGGCGGCAAGAUCACUGUAGUAGCUGAAGAAGAUGUAAGCCGCUUCUACAAGGACUUCUACGAGUUCCUCUCGUCGUGCGGUGUCGAUUCUGUAAAAACAGACGCGCAAUUCUUCCUCGACGAACUGCACGACGCAGAUGAUCGCCGCAAACUGAUAAAGUCCUACCAAGACGCCUGGUCCAUCGCUCAACUCCGUUCCUUUUCCGCACGCGCAAUAUCCUGCAUGUCACAAGCUCCCCCUCUAAUCUUCCACUCGCAACUCCCCUCCAACAAACCACGCAUGCUGCUCCGUAACUCGGACGACUUCUUCCCUGAAGUCCCUGCCAGCCACCCCUGGCACAUAUUUUGCAACGCGCACAACUCCAUCAUCACGCAAUAUCUCAACAUCCUCCCAGACUGGGACAUGUUUCAAACAAGCCACGACUACGCCGCUUUCCAUGCCGCCGCCCGUUGCGUAUCCGGCGGACCAAUCUACAUCACCGAUGUGCCCGGCCAACACGACAUCAAUCUCAUCAACCAGAUGACGGGAAAGACACCACGAGGCGAUACGGUGAUCUUGCGUCCACACACGGUAGGCAAAACAACACAAGCUUACAACGCCUACGACGACACCGUCCUCCUCAAAGUCACGACUUAUGUCGGCAUGGCACACACGGGCGUCUCCAUCCUCGGUAUUUUCAACUGCACACCCAAACCAGUCUCCGAACUCAUCGCCCUUGACGCUUUCCCCGGUGCGGAAAAAGGCACGUAUGUCAUUCGUUCGCACACAGAUGGCCAGGUUACGGAACCUACGAGUGUGGCGACGAACAAGGCAUUUGUGCAUCUUGAUCUUGCGGUACGCGGCUGGGAGAUUCUCUCUGCGUACCCAUUGCUGGACUUUGAACUCAAGAGAGCCGAGGGCAGUGAAGCAAAAGGGCCAACACUCUACGUCUCCGAUCUACCCGAACGCUCCAUCGAAAAUGACUUCUUCGCUGUGCUCUUCGGCCGCCCUGUUCCAGCUCAUUGCGUCAGUGUUAGCAAGGAAUGCGACAAUGUCCUCGAAAUUGAUACGGUGCGGGCGUGGAAAGAAACUGAUUCAAAGGCUGGGUGGAGUAACGAGGUUGUGGUUGAGGUUGUGAUCCGAUGA